AUGGUGGAAAAGUUGCACCUCAAGGUGGAGCCUCAUCCGGACCUGUACAAGCUCUCUUGGCUUAAGAAAGGUAACAACGUUCAUGUCAAUAAACGUUGUUUGGUGCAAUUCUCUAUUGGCACGCAUUAUAAGGAUGAGAUUAUGUGCGAUGUGGUUCCCAUGGAUGCGUGUCAUUUGCUUCUUGGACGGCCGUGGUUAUAUGAUCGAAGGGUGAUUUAUGAUGGCUUUAAGAACACCUACUCCUUUGUCAAGGAAGGUGUCAAGAUUAUUCUAGCACCUUGUAGAAUGGAGGACAAGUCUAAGACCGUCACGGGAGAAGGGAACUCUUAUCUCUCCAAAUCCCAAUUUCUCCAAGUCAUGGAUCGUUCUUCGAAGGCUUAUGCACUCGUGCUCUUGGAGGAGAAUGAAGAACGAGGGGAUAUUCCACCCGUAGUGAAGUCUUUGCUCGAAGAAUUUCAGGAUGUGGUGCCCGAUGAGAUUCCGUCGGGACUUUCUCCCAUGCGGGAUAUCCAACAUCAUAUUGAUUUGGUGCCCGGGGCUGCUAUCCCAAGUAAGGCGGCGUAUCGAAUGAGUCCAAAGGAAUAUGAGGAGCUUCAACGCUAA